UAGCAAAAAAUCGCUUGCAGAGUCCGUUCUUCACCUUCCAUCCGAAGAAGGCGAUGAUCGGACGCAGCUACACGACACAAUAACAUCUCUUGAGCGACGCGUUUCGAUCGCAACCUGAAAGCACCACCUGGCAGCCAUGGGUGCCUCAGACUCCACACUCUCAAGCUCACAGAAGCUGGCCGACGAAAUCUCCACCGUAUCCGAACAAUCAGAGAUCGCAGAUCCCAUCUUAGAGACGCUCAAAUCCCUCAAAGUAACAGCACCAAUACUGACGGCACCACCGGCGGAGAGUAGCUUGACUGACAUAUUGGUGAGGAAACCUUCGUCUUCUUCGGUUCCAGCUACCGUAGAUCCGAAGGUGCUGCUGGAGCUCUUCUCUAUGUACCGUGAUUGGCAGGAUGCAAAGGCUCAAAUGAUUAGCAAAAAACAGGAAGAGAUAGAAAACAAGAUAGAAGUUGCAGAUGCUUUGGCAGUUAAACUUCUACAACGUUUUAAUUAUUCAGUGUCGGCAAUGAAGUCAACUUCACAACAUUUAUCAGGAGUUCAUGCAUUGCAGGUGGAGAUUGGGGAGCUUAAAGGAAGGUUAACGGAGGUUAUUAGUAACUGUGAUGCAUUGUGCAAGAGAAUUGCUUCUGAGGGGCCAGAAUCUCUUCGGUCAUCCAUCAAGCCAUUUGCAAUUGCCACUGCCGACUCAGAAAUCAGCCCUGGUUCUUCUUCUUUGCCAAAAGAUCUGACCAAAACUCUGCCAUCGACGGAAGCCAAGUUGGACUCAUAGAUACUUUUGUUCCCGUGUAUAGUCAAAAGAUUUUCAUUGAUUGAGAUUGAAGUAAAUCCUUAGUGGCUAACCAGAACAGCUUUAUCAUACAUGUCUGACUGAUAUUUGGACGACUCUUGUAAAAAUCUCAAUGAAGCAUUCAUCAUAUGAGACAAAAAGAGAGAUAUGAUGAACAUUGAACAACUUCCAUUUCUCUCAAAUCGAUAUGAUCAUAUCCGGGAUACCCAAAAGAGCCUCACUGUUCAAAACUGCCAAGAUCUCAAGCUUCCCCCAUACGAAUAUGAUUCGAUAAACCCAAGAAGAAGAAGAAGAAUACCAGAGGAACAAGUAUGGAUUUUGAUAGAAUCAAAUCAAUGGGUGCUUACAGAAAAUCAAACAAUGCAUAACUUAACAAAUUAAUAAUAGCUUAAAACACCAUAACCACAUAAAUUACGGAAUCAAAUACUAUUGA